CGUGUAAAGAUCCUGCAAAAGAGAAACUUGCUCGUCUACCUUUUCAAGGAUGGCUUUUUCAAUACUUUGCUGCUUGAUUUUGCUUCUCUGGAACUGUCCUGCUUUUGUGGACUCUCUGAAUGAAGAAGGGCUCGCGUUACUUUCCUUUAAAGGGUCGUUGAAAGAAUUCCCAGAAAGCUUUUUUACGAGCUGGAACUCGUCUGAUGAAACUCCGUGUUCUUGGCUUGGAGUGGCAUGCAAGCAACAGAGAGUUUCCUCCCUCAGCAUUCCAAACCGGGCACUUUCCGGGACUCUAUCGUCUGAUCUCGGAAAGCUCUCCGCGAUUCGUCAUUUGAAUCUCCCAGGCAACAUUCUCUUUGGAAGCUUGCCAUCGGAUCUCUUCAACGCAACCGAGCUAAGAAGCUUGAACCUCACCGGGAAUUCCUUAUCUGGACCUCUUCCACCACAAAUAGGGAAGCUCAAUCAUCUGUUGCACUUGGAUCUUUCUCACAAUUCAUUCAAUGGUUCAAUACCUUCCUCUAUAAUUCAGUGUAAGAGACUUAAAACGCUUUCCCUUGACAAAAACUUCUUCUCUGGUCCUCUUCCAAAUGGUUUAGGAUCUAAUCUGACUACUCUUCAGAAACUCAAUCUUUCCUCCAACAUACUUACUGGUUCAAUCCCUCUCGACUUUGGCAACUUGGUAACUUUAAAAGCGACCCUCGACAUGUCCCACAACUCGUUUACGGGUCGUAUUCCCGAAAGCCUAGGAAAACUUCCUCUCUCAGUUUACAUUGAUCUAAGUUACAACAAUCUCAGUGGACCAAUUCCUCAAGUAGAUAAUCUUCUUAGCGCAGGACCAACGGCUUUUAUAGGCAACCCUUUUCUUUGUGGACCACCAUUGAAACUUCCGUGUUCUUCGAACACCGACGACAUAAAUUCUCAAUCCUUGAUUGAUCACCCCUCAAUAAAUGUAGGUCGAAAAUCUGCUAAAGGUAGGAAGCAUUUCCACUUGGGUUUUGUUGUUCUUAUAGUCACAGGGAUCAUUCUUGGAACCUGCUUCUUUGGGUGGUUGUUCUUCUAUACCUACAAGAAGGUUUAUACUUCAAAAGGAGGUAAAAUGAUUGGUGGAUGUAACAUUGAACAGACAUCAAUAGUGAGGAAAGACAUUUUCUGCUUUGCAAAAGAUGCGUUGGACACUCCUUCAGAAAAUAUGGAGCAGUACAACUUUGUGAGGUUGGACCAGCAAAUUGAUUUCACUCUCGACCAACUUCUAACGGCAUCGGCUUUUUUGCUCGGGAAAAGUGGAUUCGGAAUUGUCUACAAAGUUGUUCUUGAAAAUGGGUUUACCUUGGCAGUGAGAAGAUUGGGUGAAGGAGGUUCUCAAAGGUUCAAGGACUAUCAAACUGAAGUGGAAGCCAUUGGAAAGAUCAAGCAUCCAAAUAUUGUUUCUCUUAGAGCUUAUUGUUGGUCUGUUGAAGAGAAACUGCUCAUUUAUGAGUAUCUGGCUAAUGGUGACCUUUCCACAGCACUUCAUGGGAAAGCUGGGAUGGUAUUCUUCACACCACUUUCUUGGCCUGUUCGACUGAGAAUCAUCAAAGGAACAGCAAACGGUUUGAAUCACCUCCACGAGUGCAGUCCGAAAAAAUAUGUCCACGGGAACUUAAAGCCGAGCAACAUACUGCUUGGACAGAACAUGCAACCAAAAAUCUCCGACUUGGGACUAUGUCGUCUCGCCAACAUAUCUGGAGAAUCCCCAUUAUUCCAUUUUGAACAAAACACAUCCGAAACACCACCGCAGAAUCUGCCGUACGAACUCGCGACGACGCCAGUAAGUUCGCCUGCGGUAGCGGUAGGAUCUCACUAUAAAGCUCCGGAAGCGUCGAGUGCCAGAAAACCAUCACAGAAAUGGGAUGUUUACUCGUUUGGAGUGAUUAUGCUGGAGAUGAUUUCCGGAAAGUUUCCACUGAUACAAGUUGGUUCCGUGGAGAUGGAUAUAGUUCGAUGGUUCCAUCUCAGCAUUGAAGAAGGCAAGCCUCUACUGGAUGUGUUGGACCCUUUCCUAGCUCAUGACUUGGACAUGCAAGACGAAAUAAUUGCGGUGCUUAACGUUGCUCUUGCCUGCGUCCAUAAAAGCCCUGAAAAGAGACCUUCAAUGAGGUACGUUUGCGAGGUUUUGGCCAGACUGGGCUAAUCUAAUCCACAUAUUGGCAACUCCAAUAAGGCGAAAAUGCUUCCAAGGAACUGAAGAAGACAAGGAAGUGUCAAAUAGGCACCUAAUGAUUUUUAGUUCCAUCACAAGUUCGGCAACUUCUUAGUUUUUUGUACUCAUGAAAUUUUUCUAUUCCCUGUUCUUUUUCUUUUCUUUUAUUUAUUUUUUUUCCCGCUGAUCACUGCAUUUUCCCUAGUGAAUUGAAUAAAUAAGAGAGCUGGCACAGUAGGAUAAAUGUCCACUUAUGAUGGAAUAAAUAAAGUUUUGUUUUUUCUUUUUUUUUUUUUCCCCUUCCCGAAAGACUGCAAAGUUUUUCUUCGUACGGAUAAGGAAAUGCUGUUGAAAAAAUGAUGAGCCAUUAUGCCCUGUACCAGGAGAUGAGCAAAACCAGUUUUUAAGACCAUUGAUUGCAUACACAUCUUCCCGGCGCUUGAAACAAGUAACCAUCAUCCUGUUCGUCAUCAUAAUUUUUUCAACGAAA